UGCAAAGUAGUACUAAUUGUAUAAGUAAGAAUUCUAUGGUGGGGAAGCCUAGAAACUAAAAAUCCAAGUGAUCAUGGCGGCGGCAGCUCAAGGACCUUGCCUCAAUCACAUUUCUAGAGAAACAUCUGACAUCAAACGCCUCGCCGCUUUCUACACAGAGGUUUUUGGGUUUGAGCAAAUAGAGUCUCCAAAAUUCGAUUUCGAGGUGAUAUGGUUGAAGCUUGGAUCAUCUAUGUUGUUGCACCUCAUAGAGAGGGACCCCACUGUCAUGCUCCCUGAAGGUCCAUGGAGCGCCGUGGCAUCCGUGGCAGACCCCAAGAACCUUCCAAGAGGACACCAUGUCUGUUUCUAUGUACCCGAAUUCGACUCCUUUGUUCAGAGAGUAAAGGAUAAAGGGAUUCCGGUGCAUGAGCAGAGUCAGCCGGAUGGGAAGACGAAGCAAGUAUUCUUCUUCGAUCCGGAUGGGAAUGGGUUGGAGGUAUCAAGCCAGUACCCGGUGCUAUAGGUUACUAUUUGGCAUAGUAAACGCUACAUAAAAAGGUAAGUGAGAAGAUGAGUUCGCAGACAUAAUGUGUAAUACUAUAUGUAGGCAUGGAUCGGUCCAUCCGUGCCCCCAAAUAUUGAUUUCUUUACUAUAUAUUGUUGUGUUAUUGAAAAUAACGGUAUACUAGCCCAGUGGUAGAACGCAGCUUGGUGGUCUCACUGACCCAUGUUCAAGUCCUAGUUGAAUUUUGUUGUA